AACAAUGAAGGAGGAAAGACUAAGAAUUGGAUCUGUCGUGCGACAAAUUUUGAAAAAUUAGAAAGCUCAAAGAUUGAAAUUUUUCAAUACUAUGAAAACCUAAAUUGAAAAAGUGGAUGAAAAAGUCCAAAACACGGAGUCAACGCUGGAAAUUGUAAAAGAAAUUGUAAAUAAGGAACUUUCUGCCAUUGAUUUACUGAAAACUAAUAUUGCAAAUGUUCUAAAAGAGGUAGAAAUGUCCAAUAUGGCUAUUUCGAAGCUGCAAGGCCAACAUCAAGAACAUCUUGAAAUUUCGGAGAGGCGAUUCAGUAUUGUUCAAAAACAGUUUUCAUGCCCGGACGACACAUGGAAAAAAUAUGGAAACAAAUGUUAUCGAUUUGUUGGAGAAGGAGAUGCUAGCACAUGGUCUGACGCCAAAGAGAAAUGCAGAUUGAUCCACGGCGACCUUGUUAGAAUAGAAAACAAAGAAGAGAAUGAUUUUAUAGCUAAUAUCCGGGGAAGUAAAUAUGGUUACUGGAUUGGACUGGAAGACACGCAGAAUGAAAAUGAUUGGCAAUGGAGGUCAUCAGAAGGAACACAAAGUCUUGGGAAUUUUUCGGCCUGGGCACCUAACGAGCCUAACAAUAUGGACGGGAAUGAGAAUUGUGGCGUGAUAUAUACAUAUUACGAUGGUGUAUUAAAAGGACAAUGGAAUGACGAGAAUUGCAUGCACAAGAAUCCAUAUAUUUGUGAAAUAGUGAAACCGCUUUGAAUUGUGAUCAUAUUAACAUAUAGUGUAAAGUGGUCUUUUCACUAGUGAAUGAUCUGAGCUCCUCGGAUGGCUUUAUAGCAUUGCUUGCGUGAAUGGUGUUAGAACAUUAACGAGUUUUUGUCAUAUAUUUUAAGCUUCUAAAAUGAUUGUGUGUGUGCGCGUGUAUGUGCGUGUGCUUGUUUGUCAUAAAAUUUCGAAAAAGUCGUGUAAAUAGAGUUGAUAUACAUGUAAAUAGUUUUCUGAAAUGUUAUGGAAAUCAGAAAGAAGAAAUAAAAGAGUACAUACUUUCAUACAUUAUGAGAGUAAAAUUUACAUUAUUGCAACAAUCUCAUUUAGAUUUUUUAAAACAGCUUGGUGUGUUUGGUGUAUAUAUAUUUAAUGUCUGUAAUACACUUGAUAGAUUUAAAAUUUAGUUUGAUAUUUCUUUCGUUGAAAUUCCUGUCUCGGUAGAUUUCAAGUGCAUUAGAUUUAUAGAUUACUGUUACUCCUACAAAGUUGCUUCCCUUUUCUGUAUGCAACAUAAUCUAAAAUCACGCUUUUCUUUCAUGGAGUGAAAUUGUAGCUAGUUUUCAAUAAAGCUUUGUUUGUAAAAAAUACGCUUAUGUGCUAGAUAUAAUCAAGCUUUUCGUGCUUCAAUCAUACUUAGCUGUUUUGAUGACGUGAAAUGUGACGUCAUUGUUUCAGUUUGUGCACGUACUUGUACUCAGCGGGCUGAUUAUGAUUAUCAGUUAUCGACUGAAAAUCGUUCACGCGACACUCAAAAUCGAUUUAAAUCAUAGGCAAUUUUGUAACUAUAUAUUGUAACAAGUGUAUUAAAGAAAAAUAGACAAUUUGGAUAUGUUAAAGUCUGGAUGCCACUAUGCUGAAAUAUCAAACAUACCUGCUGUUGGGAUAGAUGUUUGGUUUAACCGACAUCAAAAUCAAAGAAAUCAAUUUAUAAAAAAUCUUAAAACCUAUCACAUCUUUCAGGCUGGACAAAAUUACUCAUAUUUCUUAGGGAAAUUUUCAAAAAAUGUACUGACUGAAAAGGGAAAGAUGAAGAACACGAUACGAUGGCAAUGGUGUGCCGACACAAGUCAAAGAUAGAUUCUGAUGCGAGGGUAAAAAUAAUUGCAAGCUUAACUAAUGACAUGCAAUACUGUAUAAUUCUGGUAUUGCAUCUUAGCGCUCCUCGUUUUAUUUCUUAAAUCUCGCUCCGCACCCCCGUCGGGCGAAGUUUUAUAUAAUAAACAUCGUCCCGCUAAUUAGCGUGUUUUCGUUUCGCGCCCCGCCAUUUUGAUUUGUUAAUUCUCAACUUUUCGCUUGGCGGAGUCCCAGGACAAAAUCAUGAAUGGCACUAAUCAGCCGCCACAGUAACAACUACACGCGUGUCUCCCCUACGCGUUACAGAAAUUGAUGCGUGUUCAUAUUAAGGACGAAAAGAACAAUGUUCAAUAGAAUGAUAGAAAGACAUUAUCAGAAGAUGACGUAAUUGAAAAGAACCACAAAACUAGAUUAUCUUUCAAAUAAAUCUCUGACUUAACAGAACAAACACUUAAUUUAUCCAGAUUUACCCCCCACACACACACAAAAGAAAUCAAUAAAAUAAUAAUAAUAAUAAUAAUAAUAAUAAAGGCGCGGAUCGAUGAAUUGUCAACAACUUAUCAAUAAUACAUGUCUUGCUCGCAAUUUGUUUCCUUAUUUUUUUCAAAAGAAUACUAGACUUACCAAUUUUGUGUGCA